GGCAUCGCUGCUGCAGGCUCCUCCUCCUCCUCCGUCUCCUCCAUCCACUUCCCCGAACUCAGCAUGGCGGUCAAGGUUCAGACCACUAAAAGAGCAGAUCCUAAUGAACUACGGAACAUUUUUUUGCAGUAUGCCAGUGUUGAAAAAGAUGGCGAACAUUACAUGACACCAGGAGAUUUUGUGCAGCGAUACCUGGGACUGUACACGGACCCUCAUUAUAAUGCUAAAACUGUGCAACUGCUGGCAGGAGUGGCGGAUCAGACAAAGGAUGGACUGAUCUCCUAUCAAGAGUUUCUGGCGUUCGAGUCAGUUUUAUGCACACCAGAUGCAAUGUUCAUUGUUGCCUUUCAGUUGUUCGACAAGAGUGGCACUGGAGAAGUGACCUUUGAAAAUGUAAAAGAAAUAUUUGGGCAGACCAUUAUUCACCAUCACAUCCCCUUUAAUUGGGACUGUGAGUUUAUCCGAUUGCACUUUGGACAUAAUAGAAAGAAACACCUGACUUAUUCAGAAUUCACUCAAUUUUUACAGGAGCUGCAGUUAGAACACGCACGACAAGCAUUUGCACUGAAAGAUAAAAACAAAACUGGCGUGAUUACCGGUUUGGAUUUCAACGACAUCAUGGUCACCAUUCGUUCCCACAUGCUCACUCCUUUUUUGGAAGAAAACUUAGUCUCAGCUGCAGGUGGAUCUAUUUCACACCAAGUCAGUUUUUCCUAUUUCAAUGCUUUUAAUGCCUUGCUGAACAACAUGGAGCUUGUUCGAAAGAUAUACAGCCUCAUAGGAGGUGCUAGGAAAGAUGUGGAAGUUACAAAAGAGGAAUUCUCCCAGUCUGCGAUCAAAUUUGGACAAAUUACACCUUUGGAAAUUGAUAUUCUCUAUCAGCUGGCUGACUUGUACAAUGCUACAGGACGCUUAACGCUGACUGACAUUGAGAGAAUAGCACCCUUGGCUGAAGGGGCAUUACCUUACAACUUAGCAGAACUACAGAGGCAGAUUGCCUUCCUGUUCCUGGUCUUCAUAGGGCACCUUGUGUAUGUAGAAGUUGGCAUUGCGUCUGCAGAAAGAGUUCGCAUCGUCCACAAUGGCAUAUUUCCAUCCGUAGGAGCUACCGCUGUGUACCCCAUUGAUCUGGUGAAGACCCGUAUGCAGAACCAACGCACCUCUGGGUCAGUUGUCGGAGAGCUGAUGUACAAAAACAGCUUUGAUUGUUUUAAGAAAGUGCUGCGCUAUGAAGGCUUUUUUGGGCUUUACAGAGGUUUACUUCCACAGCUUAUUGGUGUUGCUCCCGAAAAAGCUAUUAAGCUUACAGUUAAUGACUUUGUCAGAGACAAGUUCACACAUAGAGAUGGCUCAAUUCCAUUGUUUGCAGAGAUCUUGGCUGGAAGCUGCGCUGGAGCUUCACAGGUCAUCUUUACGAAUCCCCUGGAGAUCGUCAAGAUUCGGUUGCAAGUAGCUGGAGAAAUCACCACAGGGCCCAGGGUUAGCGCCCUCACUGUUCUGAAGGACUUGGGGAUCUUUGGUCUGUAUAAGGGUGCCAAAGCGUGUUUCCUCCGAGACAUUCCCUUUUCGGCAAUCUAUUUCCCUGUUUAUGCUCAUUGCAAACUGCUGCUUGCGGAUGAAAACGGCCACGUGGGGGGGCUUAAUCUCCUUACAGCUGGUGCUAUUGCAGGUGUGCCUGCGGCUUCGUUGGUGACCCCUGCUGAUGUCAUCAAGACAAGACUGCAAGUGGCCGCCCGUGCGGGUCAGACCACUUACAGCGGUGUGAUCGACUGUUUUGGGAAGAUUCUUAGAGAAGAAGGCCCCACGGCUUUUUGGAAGGGAGCUGGAGCGCGAGUGUUCCGAUCUUCCCCCCAGUUUGGCGUCACUCUGUUGACCUAUGAACUUCUGCAGCGAUGGUUCUACGUUGAUUUUGGAGGAAUCAAACCUUCCGGUUCAGAACCUACACCCAAGUCUCGGAUCUCGGGCCUUCCUCCUGUUAACCCCGAUCACAUAGGCGGCUAUCGACUUGCUACGGCGACUUUCGCUGGUAUAGAGAACAAGUUUGGUCUCUCUCUUCCAAAGUUUCGAUCGGCCGGUGUCGCCUCAGCACAACCCAAAGCAGCAGCUGAAUCCUGAGCUGACCUUUCGAGCCAAACCCAAACGGUGCAAUGGACGUACAUAGGUAGUACUUUUUUUUCUUCACCUCCUCCGGUCAGCUGCAUGAUACUCUGGCUGGACAGAGAGUUCGGCACCGAAUCACUCCUUUCUAUACGAAACGUGGCUAAUCAUUUGCACACAGGAGAUUGAUUCAAGCUUUUAAGUUCUAUGCAUAGAGCUUUUGCCCUCUGCCCAGUGGCAUGAAUUAGUAACCGAGGCUUGGCUUUGCACAGCUUUUUUUUUUUUUUUUGCACUCCGUGUUACUGUACAUAUUGUACAUCUUUGUACAGAGACAUCAUCGUGGCAUUGAGAUGCAGUGGCAUUUGUAGAAACAGGUGUUGCAGUUCUAAAUGGUUUGAAAUGUACAGAAUGUUUUGAAAGUGUUUUAUUAAAAAUCAUGUGGAAAUAAAAUUUAUUUAAAACCACAGUGCAGUAGCCUCGUUUCCUUGGCUUUCUGCCUGAUGGGCAGCAGUCUUUUAAACAGGAGGCUGAUGUUCCUUUUGGCAUCCACUAUUGGCAUGAAGAGGCAUGAAAACUGUGAGAUAUCAAGAAAACCUGUGCCAACUAGACAGUCCUUUUCCUACAGUAGUACGAUCACACCACUAGAAAUUUAUUGUAUUUAUUUAAAACAUUUAUCUGCCAA